AUGAUGAGAAAGUUGACAAAGAAUAGAGAGUUGCACAGGUCUUGUGUAACUAGAUUUGCUACCCAAUUUUACACCUUACAGAGUGUCCAUGAGAAUCGACACCAUCUCCAAGUUUUGUUUGUAUCCGAGCAAUGGAGAAAAAGUGACUUUGCAAAGAAAGUUCCUGGAAAGAGAGUUGAGAAGAUAGUAUCAAAGCAAUAUUUUUGGGAUGGUGUAUAUUUAGCUUGCCAAAUAUAUGCUCCAUUGGUGGAUAUUGUUCGUUUGGUUGACACAGAAGAAAGACCGUGCAUGGGGUACAUCUAUGAUGCGAUGAGUCGAGCACAAGAUCAAAUAAGCAAAUAUCUAAAUGAUGGGAAUAAUGACAAAAAAAGACUGGUAGGUAGAAUUUUGUCUAUCAUUCAAACAAGAUGUAAUGACCAACUUCUUCAUCCCUUACAUGCAGCUGGGUGUUUCCUUAAUCCUGCAAUUUUUCAUGGAGAUAAGUCAAAGGAAUAUGAGGCUAAUAAACAGAUUAUGACCGGACUUUAUGUUGCUAUUGACCGUCUUGUUCCCGAUGAAGAUGAAAAUGAUACUUUGAGACAAGAAUUGAAUCUCUACAUUGAUUUAAGUGGACAAUUUGGAUCCCCAGCUGCUAAAAGGAGUAUGACAAAAGUUGCACCGUAUAUAUGGUGGCGUUCUUAUGGGAUAGAUACACCUAUCUUACGAAAGUUUGCUAUCACGGUUCUUAGUCAAACUUGUAGUGCUUCACCUUGUGAACGAAAUUGGAGUACAUUUGACAAUCUACAUUCUAAGAAAAGAAAUUGUCUUUUGCAACAAAAACUAAAUGAACUUGUAUUCAUCCAAUACAACACAAGGUUGCAAAAGCGCUUCAUGUCUUUACAAAACAAAUCUUUGGAUCCUAUUUUGCUACGAGAUGUUGAGGAGAAUGAUGAUUGGACAAUACCAACGGAAGAUGAGCUUCAAGACUUUGUGGAUGGUGGUGAUGACCUUCUUUGGUCAGAUGUGCAAGAAGCAAUGGGAGCGAAUGUAGACGCUCAACCAAAUAUUAGGAGCAAACGAGAGCGUUAUAGAGAUGAUGAUGGUGAUGAUAUUACAGAUGUGGGGAACGAUCUUGAUGAAGAAGUGAAUGCUUUGGAUGAUGUUGACUCGGAAGCCGAACCCGUGCCAUGCGAUUAA